AUGACCGAUGUAGAAUAUUCCGAUUAUGAAACCUUCCCGUUUUUUGUCAAGAUGGUUGAAAUUGGUCAAGAUGUACUGGAAACACAUUUAAAAAGUAACUGUUUUGAGUUCUUUGAGAAAUGUCUGCAGCUCACCUACAAAUUUGCUGACAAAACGCAAAAGGCAACAGUUCUUAUUGGUUAUGGCCGAGCACAGACGAAUAUCAAGGGAAAUUAUGAAUCUGGUCAAGAGAAGUUGUGUCAAGCCAUUGAGGUUUUAGAUGAUCUGCCUUGUACUUAUGCCACUGCUCAAGCCUACCAAUCUUUAGGAUUCACUUUGCAAAGAAAAGGAGAAGUAGAAGAAGCCCUAAGAUGCCUUGAAGAGGCUCUCAAGAUUGAAACUGAACUGGACAUACCAAACAAUCGAUUGACCUUGUCUACACUCAGCAGCUUAGGAAUUGUCAAUGUUUUUAUUGGUAAUUUUGAAGAUGGUAAAAAGUAUCAUUUAGAGUCAUUGAAGAGACGACUCGCUUUAUUGCAGACAGAGAAACACCCUCACAUUGGGGCAUGUUAUAACAAUCUGGGUCUUCUCUAUGAAAAUAUGGGUGAAUAUGACAAGGCCCUUGAAUACUACGAGAAGGGGCUACAGAGGAAGACUCUCAGAUGCAGGUUUGUGAUGCACAGCCUCAGCGCCGACCAGAGCUGUGGGUCAACACGCAACGAAGAGUCUCAGCAGGGCAAAGCCAGUCUACUUCCACCCCACAGUCUUCUGCGUCUCCUGUUUUUAAAUUAUCCUAUGUUGGAACCCCUCAAGAUGAUGUCAGAAGACAUUUCCCUCAGCAUCGACCUCCUUUGGCUUUAUCUACAUCAACAGAUAAUGAAACAGUCUUAG